UUAAUUUGGGGUUAUGAAUAUGUAACAUGUUUAUGCCGGCUUACAUAUUAAUUGCAUUUUUUAAGUGAAAAAUACGAUGACUCUUUGGCAGUUUCUUCUGAAUACUAGUGAUAUCUACAUGCUGAAAUUUAUUUCUAAACGGUGUCGGUAGCUUCCGUAGCAUCGGCAUUGGAAGUAGGUUGGUCCAUGAUCGGUCCGUGACGGUCCAUGAUGGGUAGUAAUGGAAUAUGCGUGCCGGAUUUCGGAGGUUGGAUGUGAGCGUACUCGAGGAUGUAAUCGCCAGCCGAGCGAGCAAGGGCGUGAGGCUGUUUGUGAGUGGACCGAAAUAAAUGACGAAGUUUCUGUUAGAGAACGAAAGCGUGCGCGUAACCGAGAAUAUAAUAGGGCUUACAGAGAACGGAAGAAGAUGAAAAUAUUGGCUGGGGAGACUGUCAACGUUGAUCCAGAAGUUGUUGAACGACGGCGUGCGUGUGUCAGAGAGCGCGUGAAGAGAUACAGAGAGCGGAAGAAGCAUGGAUUUUGAAAGAAUAAAUGUUGAUGCUGACAAAACAUCGGACUCAACUGGAGAUCCUGAAGAUGGUAAACAACUUGUUGAUCCUCUUGAGUUUGUAGAAGUGAAGACUGAAGUCAAAGAAGAGCCAUUGGAAGUAGUUACCAUCAAAGAAGAGUUGAUUGAAGAAAUAAAGACAGAGGAAUAUGCAGAGCUGGCUGAGCAAGUUGAUGAUUCUGCCAUUGAAGGCCCUGGUAGUACUACAACAGGCUGUUCCAGGAAGCGUCUUAAAUGUGAAAUUUGUGGGAAACUUUUAUCUCAUAGAUCUAGUCUGAUUAAUCAUAGACGUACACACACUGGUGAAAAGCCUUUUAAGUGUGAAGUGUGUGGAAAAGUAUUCUCAGUGUGUGGACAACUUAUUAGACACAAUCGCACACACACUGGAGAAAAACCUUUCAAAUGUGACACGUGCGGAAAAGAAUUUACACAAAAAGAACAUGUUGUUACACACCAAAGAACACACACUGGUGAAAAACCUUUCAUAUGUGAGAUUUGUGAAAAGGCAUUUUAUGCUCGUGGACAUCUUGUCACACAUCGACGCAUACACACUGGUGAAAAACCAUUUGAAUGUGGAGUUUGUGGUAAAGCAUUUCCAUGGAAGGGACCUCUCACUACACAUCACCGCACACAUGUUCUGCAAACACCUUUUAAAUGUGUCAGUAGUGGGGAAGGUUUUUCAUAAGGUGAAAUAUCUCCAUCAACAUAGACUGUGAUAACUUUGUCAGAUGUUGAAUUGACAUGACCUGGUACCCAUGUCUGAUGCAGUUCUCUUGGAAAUUAUAUCUUUGUUCAUGAAACUGGCAUAAGUUUACUGUUUUAUAUACCACUUUAUGUAAAGGCAGUAAUUAAGUUUUAAGAGUCACCGUGUCAGUUUCCAUGACUAACGAUAUUUUACAGGCAUGUGAAGCUGUUAGUGAAUGGGUAGGCUGUGUUGUGAAGUUGACCACAGUGUCCUUGAGAUACUACAUGAACUGUGUAGCAAUCAUGGUGGUUACCAGUUUGAACAGCUCUUAAAACAGUAUAAAAUAAUCUGGAAGUGGCCUUCUUUUUUGUUGUGCCUGGAUAGGGGGCAUUGACUGUACUCACCCCCUAUCAGACGUCUGUGGAUAUCUCUUAACCUAUGCUGUGGAAAACAUGCUUGCACUGGGGGAAUCCACAAAUAAUUUGAGUACUCACAAACAACAAUAAAGUAAGGUAUAAUAAAAGAACACACAGGGCCUUCGAUUAAACCCCUGGUUUUGAAUUCCUACCUUUUAACUACUCAUAAUAUACUAACCCUAAAUGACACAAAUCAACACUUUGUAUUUAUUUCUCAAAUAACCAUUGAACCAAAAGCUCUAAUCAGCAAUCAGUGACCCGACCACAGGCAAGUACUCACUCGCACUGAACAGGACGCACAAGAAGAACACUGGCGCCAUCCCAAGGUUUUCCCCAGGCACACUUGGAUCUACCCGUCCAUGUCUCGCAACUGCUAGAAAUGGAGUGCCUGAAACGGCCUGUUUUUUCCCAAUUACAAGAUUCAACUUUUGUUUCCCCAAGUUGCGAAAGCUGCGUGCGCAAAAUCCCUCAGGUCGGCAACUUGCCGGACAUGCCAUGUCACGCAAAGCGAAACUUGACCGGGUCUUUCCACUGAUGCGUAAACAGUCUUUUCUAAAACAAUUCGAUCUACUGACAAGGAAUGCGAAGAGUCAGCCGCGGCUCUGUCUCCUCGCCUUCUGACCAGCCGUCUGGCGUUUUAACCUAAGCAUCCGAUCUUACAAAAUCACAUUUAAUAACUAAGAAACUGGGCACAACAUUUUACUUCUACAGUAAGGAUUAAUGGAUUUCACAUGUGUAUACACUUUUAAUUGAUACUGUGUCAGUACUAAAUUUAGACUUAUGAUGCUGAGAAUACCUGUAGAAAAUUCCACACAGUUAGGCAUGUAGUUUUCAACACAUACAAAAACCAAUGUUAAGUUAUUAAUCAGUACAUUUCUGUAAUAACUACUAUUUGGCACUUGGACUUUCCCACCAAUAUAGACAUCAAUUUGGGAUUCUGUAUCAACUAUGGGAUUUUCUUACCAGUUGAUGUUCUUGUGCUUUUCUUUUUUAUUCUGUUGAUGUAGUAAUCCCGCAACUGAUAUACCAUGUAUAAUAAACAGACCACUUAUAAUCGUAAUGUACUCAACGUUGCAGUUGAGUGGAGUAGCACUCCACUGUGUUUGGAUAGUUUUGGCUUAAAAUUUUAGCACAGUCUAGCUAUCCUAACAGUUUUUCAUGGCUUUCAUUUGUCCAUCCAAGUAAAUGCCAGGAUAGUGCCUCAAUGAUUAUCACUUCUAUCCAUAUCCAUUCCACUAUUUUUCAUUAAUUAUCCUGUCAUUCAGUGUUAUAUAUCCUGAACAGACUGCUCCUCAGAGAAACUUCGAAUUACUUACUUUAUUUGUCUUUCAUUUGAAGUGUACAAGUGUCACAGUUCUGUUUCGAUAUUUCAUAAAUAUGUGCAGUAGUGUAAAGAGUUGUGAAAUGGACUUCAGAUCAGAAGUGUUCUGAAUUUGGAGUCAUAAAUUUAGGAAUGCAAGUGAGAAUAAUCGGUAAGCUCUUGCCUUUCUCUGAAACCUGAAAAUGUACCAUAUUAUGGUGGCAAUGGAUCCAAAUAACACGGUGUUCUUAGUAAGGAACUUAUGCAUCAUGAUUCAGAUGUUAUGUGGAUACAUUUGUUUUGAAAUGGUUAACACUGACAUUUAUUACUGCAGACUGUUCUAUCAGUGAUUCCUUAACCUGUGUAAUAUGGCAAAUUUGCAACUGCACACUAAAUAGAUAUGGAAGAUUAAACAACAGCUUUUCUGCAUCACA